AUGCAGCGAAACGUUCUGAAGGAACAAAAACAUCUUUUCCCUCCCACAGUUAAUGGAUCUUUACUCAUCAAAAAUAGCACCUUAACAGUAAAAGACAACCAAACAAUUGAGAUUGUUUGCGAAGCCUUAGGAUGGGCUCCAGCUCCAGACAUUGCCUGGAUGACAAAUGACUCUUUGGUUGAUAAGUCAAGCUAUGUUACCCAGCAAAGUCCAGGAUCUCAUGGCCUCCACAAUGCCCUGAGCACCUUAACUCUGACUCCGAGGGACACUGAGGUUUUGACUUGUUUAGCUGACAUAGAAGCACUCCCCAGCCCUCAGAAUGCAACUGUAACUCUUAUUUUUGACAACUCUGCCUCGGAAAAUUAUUACAGUGAAGACAACAGGAGCACGUGGGUUGUUGUACUUGCAGUUGUGCUUUCAUUUCUUGGCAUUGUCCUCCUGGUCGUUAUUAUUGUGGUUGCUGUGCGCUGCUGCCUGAAGAGGAGAGGGUCUACUUAUCAAAAUGAAAUAAGAAAAGUUUCAGCUGAGAAGAAAAAAGAUGGUGAUUUGGAAAACAGGCAGGGGAGUGGCAGUGAAAAUCUGGGAUACAUUCCAGAGGAACUGUGGAACACAGAGCAAGGCCCAGGACUUUCCUCUUUCCCCCCAGUGUUUUCCAAGUUUGCUGGCCCUGAUGACAAUUUGCACAUCAGUUCUGUACCAAAGGUGCGACCUCAAAGGCGUCCUGAUUAUCUGAUCAGCCCAAAGAAAAUCAGGAAUGUGACACUCGUGUAGGAUGUACUUCUCCAAGAAGUUGCUUUUUUACAUGUUUGGAUGCCUUCAUGCAAUGGAAAAAAAGUUAAAACCAGUUCUCUCAGUUUAACUUAUAAGUUAUUUUCUUUCUUUUUUUUUUUUUUUUCCUCAUGCAAUGAAAUAAAAUUGCAACCUUUAUAAUGCAGCACGUGAUAUCACAGCAAAAUAAUGGACAAAAAUGACAUCAGUAGACUGCCCUAAUUUCCAAGACAAUGAGUUUGAUGGGACUGUGGAAGAAAAAUCCACAUUUUGGGUCCCAAGGAAAUCAGCAAAACUGUCAGACAGAAAUGUUAUGUUACAGCAAGAUCAAGGACUGGAAAUGCAAGAUAUUUAUUAUUUCAGAAAAACUGGUGAAUAAUAAUAAUGGUUAAUACAAUAUCUAUGCUUUAAAACACAUUUUAUGUACAGCUGAUAAUCUUGAGCUUUCAGAUCAACAACAUUUUUCCAUUCCUAUUCUGUAAUAAAAUCAAGGGAAGUUUUCAUGGGGGCUGCUUCAAAAUUUCUAACAAAACUAUCUUUGGAUCAGAAAUGACA